GACGCGCGCAGCCACGACGGAGCAGCCGCGGGACUGGCCGCCCCGCGCCCCGUUCGCCGCCGUGCCGUUCCCCGGCGCGCUCACCCCGUUCUCGGGAUGGGAGUGUAGCGGCGGCGCGGACUCGGCGGGGAUCGCAGCGGAGGCGGCAGCGGCGGCGGCCGAGCGGGGCUCCAUGUUUUCCCCCGGCCAGGAGGAACCCAGCUCCCCCAACAAGGAGCCGGUGAAAUACGGAGAGCUGGUGGUCCUGGGGUACAAUGGUGCUUUACCUAAUGGUGAUAGGGGCAGGAGGAAAAGCAGAUUCGCCCUCUAUAAGCGGACCAAGGCCAACGGUGUCAAACCCAGCACAAUCCACGUGGUCUCCACACCCCAGGCAUCCAAGGCCAUCAGCUGCAAAGGUCAACACAGUAUAUCCUACACUCUGUCACGGAACCAGACUGUCGUGGUGGAGUACACGCACGAUAAAGACACGGACAUGUUUCAGGUGGGCAGGUCAACAGAAAGCCCCAUCGACUUCGUGGUCACAGACACGGUUUCCGGUGGUCAGAACGACGAUGCCCAGAUCACACAGAGCACCAUUUCCAGGUUCGCCUGCAGAAUCGUGUGUGACAGGAACGAGCCAUACACAGCACGCAUAUUCGCAGCAGGAUUCGAUUCCUCCAAAAAUAUAUUCCUUGGAGAGAAGGCAGCAAAAUGGAAAAAUCCUGAUGGACACAUGGAUGGACUCACCACCAACGGUGUCCUGGUAAUGCACCCACAAGGAGGCUUCACUGAGGAAUCCCAGCCUGGAGUCUGGAGAGAGAUCUCCGUCUGUGGAGACGUGUACACCUUGCGAGAGACCAGGUCGGCCCAGCAGAGGGGAAAGCUGGUGGAAACUGAGACCAAUGUCCUGCAAGACGGCUCCCUCAUUGACCUGUGUGGGGCCACUCUUCUCUGGAGAACCGCAGAUGGCCUUUUCCACGCUCCGACUCAGAAACACAUUGAAGCCCUCCGGCAGGAGAUCAAUGCAGCCCGACCCCAGUGUCCCGUGGGCCUCAACACCCUGGCCUUCCCCAGCAUCAACCGGAAGGAAGUAGUGGAAGAGAAGCAGCCUUGGGCAUACCUGAGCUGCGGCCAUGUGCACGGCUAUCACAGCUGGGGCCAUCGGAGCGACACAGAAGCCAAUGAGAGGGAGUGUCCCAUGUGCAGGACUGUGGGCCCCUAUGUCCCUCUCUGGCUAGGCUGUGAGGCAGGAUUUUAUGUCGAUGCAGGACCCCCAACCCAUGCCUUCACCCCCUGCGGCCACGUCUGUUCAGAGAAGUCUGCCAAGUACUGGUCGCAGAUUCCACUGCCCCAUGGAACCCACGCGUUUCACGCCGCCUGUCCAUUCUGCGCCACGCAGCUGGUUGGUGAACAGAACUGCAUCAAAUUGAUUUUCCAAGGUCCAGUGGACUGACACCCUGGACAACCAUCUACACAUCAUUAACAAGUUACUGUGAAGAUUUUGCCACUAACUGUAGAUUCUACCUUUUUGUAAUGCUGUUUGUUAAGGGAACGGCGGACUGGGUUGCGAAGACAGAGGGAGGGCUGAAUACGGCAGGCGAUGACAGAUACCACUGUGUUUUGCAUGCUCAAAACAGCAGCAUCGUCAUGAGGUCUGCCUGAUUAAACUUUAAUACUUGUGUAAUAAUUGGAUUUCAACUGCCAUGCUUUUAUUUUUAACUUUAGGUUUUUAACCAGAUUUUUUUUUCCCCUUUGUAAACUUGGGUAAGAUUUUACAAAUGUAGAAGUGUACUCAACAGAUGUCUCUUAGUGCGCAGCCUGCAGAGCUGUGUGGCACAGGUGUCACACAUCUUGUGAUGAUCAGUGAUUGGGAAUACUUGACAGUAGCUAGAAUCUGACUCAAUACCAGAGAGCCAGCUCUGUCGGCCCUGCCACAAACACCCGUGGACAGGCAGUGUAGACCAUGUACUUGUCUUGAAAUCUGCAACUUUAUUCUCACCUUUUUUUUUUUUUUUUUUUGACUUUAGGUGGAGGAGCAUGUCCAUAUCCUAUUUUAUUUUAACUUCAGUGGAAUUCACUCGCUCAUUUAUCAGUUACUUGGCAUGUCAAACAAAGAAUUUCCCCAUGGUUUCAGUCUGUCCUGUUAUUUUUGCUUAAUAUGGGCUGUCUCUGCUCCUCAUCUUACAUGUCAAGAAGUCAUUGGUUGAUUGAUUGUUUGAUUGAUGAUUAAAUUCAUGAGCUGAGGGUGGCAGUAGUGGACAUGCACUAAGGUCAGCUGUUGCCCAUGCUGGCAGCAGUGGGUGUGUCCCAGGUACUCUAAUUCCAGCUUUAUCUGUACACCAGAAUACUUAAGACCCAAGUGGGAUGAAAACAUGCUUUGACUUUUUAAAGCCACUUGUUGGCACUUCACAAUGUGGUUUCCUUCUCUUCUCCUUCUUAAGAAAGCCAAAAUUUUGUUAACCCAGAAGCAACAAGCGACAGUGGGAUUGCCAUUUCUGUCCCCUACCUCCCCACCAUCAGUCAUCUUCCCUUUCAGUUUAAGGAGCCCCAUACUUUUUUUUUUUUUUUUUAUGUUUGCAAAUCAAACUAAAUCUAAAUGUGAUCGUUAGUACACGGAGCACUGAGUGGCAUGUCUGCAGAGAUCAUUUGAAAUUUCUGAUUUUGAGAGAGCAAGUGAAUGUUUACUGAGGAAUAAUUAAAUCAGAAUUUCAUAUGAGCUGCACUGGCCCUCUCUUUCAGUUUCAUCUAGCAUUGAUUAAUAAUGCCUGAAUGCUUGUUUUCUGUGCUUGGUGCCAGUAGUAUCUGUGGCUCCUAGAAUGUCAGAAUGGAGAGACACUGUUGGGCUUAGCUACGUUCCACCCCAUUCCCAAGGAGAAAGUCUUCAGUUAAAUUAACAUUGCUCAGGUGGACCAUCAACAGAUUUGAGCUGCCUGUUUUAGCUUUUGUAAAUAUAAGUAACUUAUAUAAUUAUGACACAUUCAUACUUGAAUUGGUUUUUCCAUAUCUUGCCUAUUAGCAGAUAUUUCGCCUAUUUUCAGCAAAUUAAAUCUAUUUGCGUACUUUUUCUUGAAAGCAAAACGAUAAUAUUAAUUACUCUGUAGUGCUGCUGCUUAGUUUGACUCAGUGUGCUGGGUUCCGCUGUCCGCUUCAUUUUCCCAUGGAGACUGCUGUGUAUUAAGAGAGGGUUUUUUUGUUUGUUUGUUUUGUUUUAACUUAUGAAAAUCCAACAGUCUUUUUACUGGUAGUUCCCUGUGUUCUACAUAGAUUACCUACAGACAAAAAAGAAAUAAAGACAGACAGACAGACAGGGAGAGGGAGAGAGGGAAAGAACUUUCUAGAGAAACCUAUAGGGUGUCAUCUGGUGCAGACAGAAUUUUCGUCACUGGUUUUCAGAGAAGGAUAAAAGAUGCACUCCCCCUGCCCCCGUCCCACCUCUCCUUAUAUGGAGAUAGAUAGUUUGAGGACUCUUCUAAGAUAAAGAGUCUUACACCCAGAAAUACUAAAUUUCACCUAUCCAAAAACAAAUCAAAAAAAGUUUUUUCUUUCAAGGAAGUUCACUCUGAUACCAGAUUUCUCUGUGUCAAGGACUAUGUCUGAUACUCUGUGUAUGGCAUACACCCCCCAAAUAAGGCAAGCAUCCCACUGUCAGAUUACAAAAUUGCAAACUCAGCUCAAGUGCAAGCUGAAACUCAGAUAAUAAACUACAGGCCCUUCAGUGGCAGUAGGGCAGCCUGUAGCUUUUCCUUCCAUUUUCAGGUGAGGUCCCCUGCCCCUGCCCCUGCCCCUG